AUGUCGUCUACACCGGUAUAUAAACGUGAAGGUGAAGAAAUCGCGCCCGAAGCUGCUACAAAGCGUACUAGGAACACUGCCACCAUUGCCUCAGUGUACAAGGAAAAGCAAUCAGGUGCAUUCGCAUUCGGUUUCGGCGGAGGGGAUGACUACGAUGGAGCUGAUGUUGCAGAAAGGAAUGAAGAAAGUGAACCUGUGCAUACUCUAUUGAAUUUAGAUAAGAAUACCGACAAUGUAGCAAAUACACACGAGCAUUUGUCUGAAUGCACAAACGCACAGAAAGGCGUAGUCCGUAAUGAUGAGCCCGUUUUACGUUCUUCAAUUGCAUGCAUAGCUGUGCGUGAUCACUGGGCACCCGGAAUGACUGGAAAAGUAGUCAAGGAGCGAUAUUAUAACAUAAUAUGGGAGAAGAGCUCUGAUUUUAGCUUAUGUGUUACGGAUUCUUCUAAUGUAGACAUAGUUGGACCAGAGGGUCAUGUAGGCCGGGAGUAUUUCGUACCGCCAUCGGUGGUGCGAUUAGUGAGGAGCAGGACAGAUGAGAAGUCACAGACUCUGAAGAAUGACACUGUCACAAACACCGACAGCAUAUUACACUACGAUUCAACGUGGCUGAAGGCCUCGUGUGUACUAGGCUAUGACCUGCCCUACAGUAACACACCUAGUUUGUUAGAACCAGGACUGGAGUGCUUCGUUUGGCCUCUAUCUGCGGAUACAUUCAUGAAGAACGUCUUUCAACAAAAGGCACUGGUAGUCCAUGGUACGGGUCAGCGAUUAGAAGAGCUACGCAAGGACUUCCACGAUUUAGAUGUUGAGGAGAUGGUGCAAGAGGCAUCCCGUGUUGUUGUGUGGAUGAAAACCAAGCAGGGUAAGAUGCAGUACAUAGAUGCAGGGCCUGAUAUCGCCAUAAACUGCUACAGAGCUGGCCACACUCUGUACUUCAAUCCAUCUUUAGAUGUACAGAGAAAAUAUUUCGACGCGCUUACAGACAGUCUCGGCAUGAAGUGUAUCGACUUCGGCAUGAACAGAGUGGAUGAUUUUGGCGGCGACAUCGAGAUAUUUGCGGUAGAUCGCGCACACGACACACCAUGGCACUUCGAUGCGCAAGAAAAUUUCACUAUCCAAUUGAGGGGAACAAAGCGAUGGUCAGUCUGCAAGAGCGACCUGAAGGAUAUCGUCACGAAUCUCCACCCCGACUCAACGAAUAUAGAGGCAGUAUAUAACGACUACAAGACGCACAGUGGAUAUACUGGAACGCGACCGACCGCACCCAAAGAAGGCAUUGAUGAUAUAUACACCUUCGUAUUGAGACCUGGUUCAAUACUAUAUGCGCCGGCUGGGAUGUGGCAUCGCGUGCAAUGCGAGAAUGAGGAUGGGGGAUCACUCUCCAUGAAUUUCAGCGUAGAUGGUAGGAGGUGGGCGGACUUGUUUGCAAGUCGUCUACAGCCUCUGUUAUGGAAAAAUGCGGGUUGGAGAGGCAGAAUACAAGAUAUGAAUCCAAAAAAGGCUCGAGAGACCCUCAAUGGGUUGUUGGAGAAGCUCAAAGAUACUGUGAGCAGACUGACGGCGGACGAUUUCUUACCUCCGGCUAUUUUGGACAGCAACGCCGUCAGCGACGAAGGUGACUCGAAAAUCAGUUUGUUCAGGGUACACGCUGAGAUAGGCGAUGAAGAUCGAGAGAUGCAGCAAGCCAUAACCGAGGGGCAAGCUGUGCGCGAGAGGUACCCGAAUAUAAGUUCAUCGUCUUUCAUCCGCAACCCGUUGUGCGACCUAGUCAUGGAAUCCUCAUCGGCUUCCGGAACGAAAUGGACCGUUAACUCCGGUUACACAAAAGACAACCUUGCUUCUGAUUACUGUAGAGCCAUCUUCGUGCCCCACGAGGCAUACUCCAUUAUGUCAUGCCUGAUGAACAUGUCAACUGAGAAAAUUUGCCCCACCACAUUUGGAGCCUUAUUAAGAACCGAUGUCCCGGUUACGACUACAAACGCCGAGCUCGCUCUUGCGAAGGAUUUGGCGGAAACAUUGCUAUGGUGUCGGAUUCACCGUGACAUGUCUCUGAGCGAUAACACCCAGGCAGACGAUACACAAUCGCAAGUGAUCUUGAAAGGAGAGAUGGCCAACCCGAAGGUUGGUACGAUCCGAUCGCACAGGGAUGUUACAUUGGGUAGUGCUAUCACAGUCGACCCUAAUACGCCACUGGCAGUGGCAGUGGGCGCAGGCACAGCUGAACUGGAGCUUACAUAUGUGGCCAGGAGAGUCGUGAGAGAUGGCGUGGAAGUUGAUCUCGUGAUAAUAACAUGGGCUAUGCUACCACAGACACGGUUACCGGGGCAAAUUGGCCCUCAAACCACAGACACGGUCACCGGGGCAAAUUGGCCCUCAAACCACAGACACGGUCACCGGGGCAAAUUGGCCCUCAAACCACAGACACGGUCACCGGGGGGCAAAUUGGCCCUAAAACCACAGACACGGUCACCGGUGGCAAAUUGGCCCUAAAACAGAGAGGAAACACACUUCUGUGUGCAAUGAAUAGAGGCACCGCUAGAUGUAUCUCAGAUAGGAACUAUCAACAAACUGCGAGUAAACGGAGGGUCGGUGGGAUUCAGUACGGAUCCAACCACAAUCGAGGAUGCGUCUGCUACCGAUGGUGGGUUUAUCAAUAGUGGCAACUUGGCCAUACGGAUGUACUUUGGUGUCGCUUAAUUGUGUGCUCUCAACUCUCCGCCAUGGCGCAAAGUAUCAAUGCUUAAAGAUGGUGCCCAUGCACAACACGAACAGCACCGGCAAAAGCCUCUUCCUUAGUAUACAACCCUAGGUGUGUAUAUGCACACCAUGGCUGCAAAAUGAUGUGUGGCUUUAGUUUGUCUGCAGAUCUUAACGAGUCGCACACACAGCCAGGUGCGCCACCACGCUAACCGCCCGAUACCCAAACAAACGUUAGAGACCAGGGUGAGCGUUUAUAAUACCGUCAGCAACGGAAGGAGUUAAAUAUAUGGGCCCUUCAUAGAAAUAUAUUAGAGACAAAUAAGUGCAAGGAGUAUCUAAAUGAAAACUCUGUUUUCACAACGUAGCUUCGAUUAAAGGUCGUUAGUGAAUUAAUCAAUACAGAGGUAUAUACAUAUCUUGUAUAAUGACAUUUGUACAUACACAUAUAUAGCUCCUGCACAGUCAAACCCUCAUAUAGACACACAUUCGGUGCAACUGAUAUUCCAUGCAAACUUAAUUGUAAGGUCGUGUCCCG